AUGCGUCACGGUCAGCCAGGUAAUUUCUAGCGGAUUUCUUGAAAUAAUAAAGAAUUGGUUGAGGUUCGUCUGCACCGAACUCUCUACACAUGAGUUUCCGGAACCCAAAUUUCCCACCAAAUUUCAUAAACGCCGAAAAUGUGCUUGAAUACUUCUGCAAUCCGGCUAACACCUUCUAUGACAUGGCAUCCUGCAAUCAGCAGAUCAAAAUGCAGAAUAUCAAUCGACCUGUUGAAGAGUGUUUGCUGUAAGUUUCCUUUUCAAAAUCAAACUGGCGAAUAGAAGAAGUUUUUCAGGAAUAUGCCAGGCAUUCAAUACGUUCUCUGGAGCUCACAACCGCCGCUUUUCGUCAUUUGCAAACAACGAAGAAACAACACGCAGAACGGUUUCCGAAUCGAGCAAUAGCUAUAACGGAUAAUUCCUCGCUUCAGUAACACCAUUAGCAUAUUACUACGUAAUAAACGGGCUGAUCCAUCAAGCGCCUGAUAUGCAUUCUUUGGUGCAGUCGAGGUUGUUAGGUGCGAUGGAACCUCUCAAAGACGCCUUCGAGACGGUUCUCAACUAUGCAAGGUGAAAACUUUCGGAGAUCAGUUCAGUUUUUGGAUCUCAUCUUGGGUCUGACAUUUCAAGCUAUCUGUUCAGAUAUAACGCUGCAAAAGGAUACUAUUGGGAGUUCAGAAGCGGAAAACAUCCUUUGAGAAACAACAGAGACGAGCCUAAGGUAGUUUUAUCAGGCUCGGGAACAAAGAAAACAUCUCGAACAGGUUCAAAAAGAGGAAGAAAAGCCGCUGGAGGCGCGAAGUACGAACUUCCAGCAAACGAGGACGGCGAUGCUCAUUCAGCAGUUGUUCGCUGAAAUGCCGGCCGACAGCGCUCUUGAGAUUCUGGUUCGUUCUUUUAUUCAUAGGAAUUUGAAGAGAAAACAUUCUUUGGACAUCAUUCUUUCCUAUUUUUGUUAUUUUGGAACAAACAACAUUUUAAAAAAUCUCUUCCGGCGGUAAAAAUUGAUAUAGGCGAUCUACGAUUAGAUCGGGACAAAAAUGGUCCAAAAAUAACGUAACUUGCGCGCUUCGAGUUUUUUUGAGAUAGCUUUCGAAGAAUUUUACCCUUUCUUUUUUUUUCUUCCAUCUUUUUUGGAAUUGGUUUCGAUUUUUUUUUUUGUAAUACUUUUGAAAUCGCAGAAUAUAAUGAAGAAUCAAUCUUGUACAAGAAGCACUCUGAAAAAAAGAAAUUCGGUAUAUUUUUAUUCUUUGGUGCGACUUUUUCCAAGAGCUACGGCAAAAAAAAUAAUGAAAAAAAUUUUCAAAUUUCCUAGGCAAAAUUUUUCAAUAAAUAAGUUUCGAGAACUACUUCACCGUUCAAGAAUAAAAGAAGAUCGUGUAUUUUUCGCAACAAUUUGACUUCAAACUUAUCGACUUAAACGGCAUCGUAGUUGAAGAUUAGAUUAGGGAAAGUUUUCAUUCUUUUCAUAAAAUCGAUUUUUCAAGUUAUUCUUCUGCUUCUCUGCUCUUUAUCCUUACUUUCUUCAUUCCUUUUUGAAAUUUUCUCAGAAUUUUCCGCAUAAUACCUGGUCAUUUAUACCAGUUAUUAGAACCGAGAUUGAAAGGAAAUCAAAAAACGCCUAGUUUGAAAAUAGCUGUUAUACUUCAAAAAUAAUACUAUUAGAAUAAUCUCCAUUCACCUAGGAUAAUUUAAAAUAGAAACUCCGCACACUCAUAAUCUCUUUCUUCGCUUUUCGGUUUCAAAUGUUUCUCAAAUGGAUACUUCACGAGAGAUUCUUGCCUCAAAUUAUACCAUAAAUCAAUUUUUUAUUGAUCAAAACAGCGAAGAAUUAGUGGAAACCGUAAAAUGUUGAGGAGCCGAAAGCGGAAGGAGAGGCAAAGGCCGAUGAGAUGCCUGCGACUGCUGAACCGGCAGCAGCAGCUGCACCUCCGCGUGGGAACGUGUUCGUCGAACCGGCAAUUAAAAAACUAUAACACAUUUAUGUACAUUACCAGCUAUUUCCAAUUCUCUCAUAUCUCACGGGCAGAAUGUUGUUUUGCUACGAAAUCAUUCGGCAAGUCUCAUAAAGCAAAAAAGUCAACAAAGUCUCGAGAUGCUUGUGCAUGAAACAGAGAAAUCGACGGAAGUGCCAAACGUGACUGAAAUGGUAAUGAAGCGUCUUUAUCGCAAACGACCGCCCUUUCGCCGCCUGUCGUCGUUGGAUUGAAAAGGCGGCGGACGUGAUGUCAGCGGUGAAGUGCCACCCACGCGAACUAAUCCAAGCUCGAACCGUUGCGAGUUGGGCGAUCGGGAAUUUUCUUCGACGGCUCAGCGUGCCUGAAGUUGGCUGCGCAAGCGUGUUGGCGUCGUUUAGACGCCAACAGGGCAUUAUCGCGCUUGAUACGAGAGUCGACGCUGAUAUUCAGUCCUUAGCGCGAGCAAAACGUUUGAUAGUCGUAUAUUUCCUCCCAUAUUCGUGCACCUAUGUCCAAGUUCUAAUCACUCGUGUCUGAACGACAAUCGAUUGGCUCCUACUGGGAAAAAGGUGAGUAUCUACCGCCAUUCAUUGAUUUUUUUUUUCUUUUAGCUUGCUUGAUAUGGAUGACAGUCCAUUGACCUGUAGGCGGCACCAAACAUCAAAGAUUAGUUAACUCAAAAACACGAGGUGCCAUAUUUAUAAAGUGAACUUUUUCAGGCUCUAAAUUUUUCGUGUUUACAACUUUCUAAGAAUAUAAUCGAAAUAUGAGCAUAGUUAGGGGUAUAAAGGGUCAACAAGUUCUGGAUUCGGAGAAAAAGUUCAAAUUAGCUGUUUUAUUUAUUUUUUUUUGCUUCUGACUUGUACCUCUCUCGAUAAGAAAAAUACUUAACUGAAUCACGAGUAACAUUUACUUUCAGCGCGAAAAUUCCCUUAUGUAGUUUGAAGCCUCCCUUUUUUAAAGACUGUUGGUUCUUAGUGAUAUUUCGGUGGGCAUGAAGGUCUAAUGUUUGAUUUCAAGUAAAGUUCUAAAUUUCGAUAUCAAGAAGUUAAAAAGCCACUGUGUUUGAAAAAUUCUAAAAAUUUGAGCGAGUAGAAAUUGAAAGUGUUUUUUAAUACCAAUCUGGCUAAGUUUAACGGCUUAAUAAUUUGACAUCCUCUGUGAUUCAAAGAAAAAUACUUUUUACUGUAUUCUAAGGUGUUUUUUUUCAAAUUUAUUUUGUAAGGAAAAAGAAAAAAGAACGUUCAGACGCUUUGGAAUACGGGAGGCGCGAGAUGUUCCAGCGGAAGAUAGGCUCAUCCAGUCAUCCGGACUGUGGGCGGAGCCAGCCGCUGGCAGACUUGUCGGCAUUUGCUGGCGACGCCACUGCGAGCGAACAGACCCGCGACGAGCGACCAAACCACGAACACAACGACGAAUCCAUGCGAACACAGACGACUACCCUCGAACGACGGCGACAGCGACCCCGUCCGACAGCCGCCUUCGGACAACGAAGAGCACUGUUCGCUGCUCUGUUGCUGUGCCUCUCGACGAUCGUCAGGAGCGCGCCUCUCCGUGGCGACGUCUCCGCUGACGACGACACGCCUCUCUCCAUCGCCGACGGCUUCAUUCCCUACUCUAUAGGUUGGCCUUUGAGCUGUCUUCAGCUCCUACCCAUCCUUUUUCCAGGAAACGACACAGGACUGAGGGAAUUUUCAAGAAAGGCCUUCUUCUCACUUCACAGCACGACCGUCGAAGCCAAACUUCUGCCGCCAGCAGAAGAAGUCCAAAUGAAAAGUCUCAGUCCAGCCAAAUCUAGGUCCCAUCGGAAAAAAGGACGGCCAGGUUAGCCUUUCAGUCUUCCUAUCCUCUUUUCUCUCUUAAUGAGUUAUCAAGUAUUCGGGUUGAUAUUUUAUAGAGUAUGAAAAAUUUUUAAAAAGUAUUAGGGGAUUUCUUAUUAACUGCCUCAAAGGAAUUUAUGAGGGUUAAAGCUUCUUAUCGAGACUUUAUUGAUAAUUUUCAUACGUAGAGCUUUUUAUCGAAACUUUAACGACAAUUUUGAUAUCUUCUUCGUUUUUAAUCCUUUUUUAUUUUAUUUAUCGACUCCAAUGUCAUUAAUAUGAUGCAAACCUAUAUUUUUUGCAGAAUUUUCUCUAUUUAAUGAUUUUUUUUGUGCUACUAGCGAGUCCGUGUCGUUUUUUUUUCAAUUGCGUUUUGCUUUCUGCUGCAUCUUCGAAUUAGUGUUCUUCGUCAAAUGAAAACAUCAUUUCUUGCUUGCAUUCUGAUUCUCAUAUCCUAUUGCUCAUCGUACAGUGAUUCUUCUCUUUUUCGUUAUUUUUUUUUCGAACCAUCAAGCCAGAGAGCCUCUGUAGCUCGAUUCGUUCAAAUAUGUGUUAUCAUUAUGUUUAACUCUUUGCUGAUCAAUUUCGAACGCUUCUAAGUUAAAGGAGAGAAAAUUGGGACCGGCGAAUUGGCAACAAUGCUUGACUUGAGUAUCCAUCAUCUUUACACCGGUUGGUGCUGAUUCACCGGCCCAUGCAAAAAGCCGUUGGUUUUCAUUGACAACCUCGAGAAGAAGUCGAAAAUCGAUGGCAGGUGGGAGCUAAGUGUUAUGAUGCGUGACACAUGUCCGCGGUUUCGAGUUUCUCGCUUCAACCUGCUUUUUUCGGUUUACCAACAAUCUUGGCCAAUAGACGACCCUGAGGCGAUUACUGCGCCUUUGCUACACCGAUUUAGUGGCCGCUUAGCCGUGUAGAUAAGCUUUUCGCGGCAGCCUGUAUCAAUCGUUGCGGAUUUUCCGGCAAAUUUUGAUAUUCGUACUGUGCUGAUGAACAAAGGACAGUUCUGGCAGAGAACAAACAAAAAUGGGAACCUACGUAGAAUACUUUGCGAUUAUUUUUCCAGUAGGAAUCGCUUUCUUCGUAAAAAAAAAACUUCAGAAAUAUUCAGAGGAGAAUUCGUUUCUAUGUGUAAGAGUUAGGGUUUUCUCUGAAUUGUAUUUCGAAAAAAAAGGUUCGAGAGGACUUUAUUUAGUCUGCAAGCUCUCUUCUUGAAUUAUAUAUAUUUUUUGACGGAAGCAAGAAAAUCCGAUUCCUCGUUUUUCCAUCGGUGCUUUUUCAGCACAUUUCAAUAUUUUUAUCAUGUAUCACUUCAAAGCUUCAUCGAAAUCAGAAAGCAAGUAAGCUCAAAAGUUGUAAACCGCGUCAAAACUAUUAUUUUUUUGCGGUGAACACGACCAAAGUAUUUGUGAAUGGGCUUCUUUCACACUUUGAUGACCUCCUCCUCAUGUCUUUUUUUCCCUUCGUUUCUCAUUAAACUUUCCGGAUGUUAAACGGUGUGGCCAUCGUUUUAGUGAGGCAGAGUUUUGGUUUGCAGGAAACCCAAGGAAGAAAGUUCUCGACGGGCGGAAAACGGCUUUGCUAGCCGUCGCCGACCCCGACGCGUUGCGGAUGCAGCAGCGCUGCGAGGGACAAAAGUUCAAGCAGCGCGUCAAAGUCGACGGUUGCCUCACCAAAAUCGUCGUUAACAGGUUCGUUAUCUCGAAAUCAACUUCUUUAUUUGAUUCCGUCUUCUUUCCGAAUUAUUCCUUUUUUUCUCAGCUGAUCUGCUAAAUCCAGAAAACUUAUCUCUUGCUUGUGAAUUUUCGAAUCUUAGAAUUUCUGAUGCCGUAACUUCUCUAUCAUCUUUGUUCGUUCGUUGCUAGAAUCGUUCUUGUAGCACUUUAGAACAAAACCAAAAAGUGUUAGCUGUAGUGCAAUCGCUUUCUUCCAUGCUCAAAAUUAUGUAUUUUAUUUUGCGCCCAGUUUCUCCAGAAGAGAAUUUGAGAUUUGCAAUGAAUACAUUUUGAACCUAGCUUUACUAAAAUGUAUUCCACAUGUAAUUUUACUCACUAUUUGAGGGGAAGACACCGGCCCUUGAGUUGUUUUUGAACUAAAAAGAAUCCUUCCCCUUCUUUUCAUGCGACCGAAGAACUUCAGGUUAUGCCACGGCACGUGUGCGAGCUACUUCAUUCCUCGAAUGCAUUCGAAAAAGCUGAAGGCGUCGUUCAAGUCGUGCGCGACGUGUGCGCCUUCAGACUACGACUUCGUCGAUGUGACGUUGGACUGUCCGGGGCAGGAUCCGCCGCAAGUCACGCGCAGAAUCAUCAAAGUGAGUUCUGUUUUCUUAAAUCUUUAUUCUAUAACGGGGGAAUAUUUCUAAAACCAAAAAUGUUAGUCUCAUAAAACUUUAAGAAUUUUCUUUUCCAUACUCAUCUUGCUUUAACUUAAUGAUUAGAGGACUUCAAAAUCAAUUAUUGGUUUCACGUUAAUAAAGUUAAUAACAAUAAUUACUCAUCAUUCCACAGAUCAGCUGUUAGAUUUAUUCGAUUGCUUUGAUGUUUUUAUUUUUUUGUAUUUGUCGUGCAGAUUGCGGAAUGGCGAAUAAACAUUUGAAAUGAAAAAAAUUUUUCUUUUUGAACAACCAUGUUAUCCCUUUAGAUUUGAAAACUUUCAUUAUAUACCUCUGGCUAUUUUGCUACCUUUUUUUAAUAUAAUUAUAGAAAACCAAAUUGCUAAAUUUUUUUCGCUCCGUGAUUAAUAUUGAAAGAGUCAAAAAAAGAAAAAAAUGGUUACAAAUAAAGCGAUUUUUAAAUUCUAUUCUAACAAAAAAAAUGUUAUAUUCUCUCGAUAAUCCUUGAAAAACUUGUUGAAAUACUCAUUUCACUUCUUUUUACUCAAUCAAAUCUGUGCGAAAUUCCCAAACCUUCUUAAUUGAAUUGAAAAUCCUACUUUUCUGCAAAUUUUCACUCUGCGCGAAAUUAAUUUUCAAAAAAGGUUAAACAAUCAAUUUCAACGCAAAUAAAUUGAGUUUGAAUGAUUAAUGUGCAAAUUGUUUCACAGGUGAAGCAGUGCCGGUGUAGAGACGUCGACCUGUCAUCAUUAAAUUUUUGA